CGAGUAUCUCGUUCAGUGGGUGACUUUCGCAUAGGUACGUACUUUCGUACCUUACUGGCACGCUCCCUCCUCGUUACACCCGCGUUUCGCCUGUUUUCGUUUGCGAACGCCAAUGACUCCGCAACGCCAAAAGAGAUUUACGUUCUGAUAACAAAUUCAAAACUAUUGAUACGGUGUUCACUCCGGCAUUAUCCAGUUGUUAGUCGUAGUUCCAGCAACGGUUUUUCUGCUGGCAAUAAAUACAUUCUUUGAGCUGCGACAAGCUAUGACAUCCUAAUCGUUCGACCUCUUCGAAUCAUAGAAGAGUUGCGUACAUAUAAGACGUUGAAGCAAGUCCAAACAGUUGAAACAUUUGGCCAAAAGAAACGUGUCGAUCAUGUCUUUUCUCGCCGACGUCGCAAACGUGAUCAGUUUCCUGAUCCUCACGGUAGGAUUCAUCAUCAAGAAUACCAUCAGAUUAUUUAUCCCGGAGAAGUAUAAGAUGAAGAGUAUAGCUGGAGAGAUUGCUUUGGUGACUGGGGGUGGUGGCGUCUUGGGAAGGCUUGUCACCCUCAGGCUAGCUAAUCUGGGUGCCAUCGUUGUCAUCUGGGACGUUAAUAAGGCUGGUAUCGAGGAGACUGUCAAACUGGUGAAAUCCGCAGGUGGUAUUUGCUAUGGUUAUGUUUGCGACCUAUGCGAUCGGGAGGAUAUUUACAAGAAAGCAGAGCAAGUGAAGAAAGAAGUUGGAAAGGUAACCAUUCUGAUAAACAAUGCAGGUAUAGGAAAUGGCUAUAAACUUUUGGACACGCCGGACAACCUUAUUAUCCGAACAAUGGAAGUUAACGUAAUGAGUCACUUUUGGACAACAAAGGCGUUCUUGCCUUCGAUGAUAGAAGAUAACAGAGGUCAUAUUGUGAGCAUUGCAAGUAUGGCUGGACAUAUAGGAGUGUCACAUUUGGUGAGUUAUUGCACCUCAAAAUUCGCGGCGAUUGGAUUUGAUGAAGCUCUUCAUAUGGAGCUAGUUGCUGAAGGAUAUAAGAUUAAUAGCACGGUGGUAUGUCCAUUUUUCAUUCGAAGCACCGGUAUGUUUGAUAACGUUUCAACAAGAUACUUGCCGAGGCUCACUCCGAACGACGUGGCGGAUCGAAUCGUCUCCGCUAUAAGAUGCAACGAAAAAGUUGCUAUAGUACCUGGUUAUCUUUGCAUUUUUCUCAUUCUGAAAUGGGCAUUUCCGUGGGAAUGUGCGGAUAUGCUGGUACGAGGUUUACUUUUAAAUAAGAUUCACCCAUCAGACUCACCAUCUCCUCCUGUCAAGAAAGAAGAAGAAAUUAUUCCUACAAUGUUGCCCAAAGAUCCGGACACCACAGUUAUUCAUCAACAAUUGACCAGACGUAUUUCCAGUUCCGAAAGGAAACCAUAAUUAUUUGGUCAUCUCAAAAAGUUUCAUAUCGAAAGAAUAAAUGACGCGUAUGUGGAAGUUAUGGAACAUUGUAAUAAAUAUAAGAUAAUAACCAUGUUAUUGCAACGGUGAAAAACCCAUUUUGUACAAGUUUUAAUGUACAAUCAAAAUAGCUUGUUUCUAAGGCGAGUCGUUCUUUCACAAAAUUAAAAUAAGUUUCGCGAAACGAGAAAGUUGUAGAAUUACCAUUUCCCAAAGACACGGCUUCAAGUCUUGUAGAAUAAUGAAGUGAAUUGAAGUGAAGAUUUUUAAGAGAUACACUGAGACUUUUAUAGAUUUCUCUAUUUAUAAUUAUAAGUGUAUUGUGUUUUUCGGAAAAUAUUGCGCAAUAUCAACAAAGUUUCAUAUUUAUAUAUAUGCUGUUAAGGAUCGCUUUAGUGUCUCGUACAAUAAUAAAAUUUCAUACUACGAUAAUAAGGUUACAAAUCUAAGAUUACAAGUCUACAAUUUUAAUGCUAAUAAUUGUUAGAUAAGAAAAAUUGAUAGAUACGACACAGAUAUAAUUUUUAAAAUUUACUUUGUACGGUAUAAUGAACAUUUGUAAUAGCCUGAGAUUUUUUAUUGAUAAUUCGGCUAAAAAAACAAACAAGUAUAUUUAUCAAUCGCGUGUAAUAACUCUGUAGACUGUUAUUACAAAACAAUUUACAGAUGUCAAAUAGAAAAAAUAAAGUUGGAGAAAUUGUAUCAUUUGUACUUACGCAUUGGCCCAUUUGAACUACCGAUUUUCGAGAUAAAACUUAUUGAACCAACGCAACUAAUGUAUCGUGUGAACGCUAUCGUUUUAAAAACAGAGUGCCAUAUGUCCGCCCUGAUAUACAAAUGAUUGUUUUAUAAACGAACAUUAUAAUAAAAUCAAAUUUUCUACUCGUCAA